CAGCGCUCCGUAAGAGGGACAGUCUCUUUCGAGUACAGCGGACGAGCAGCAAUCGAAUUCACAGUCAGUAUAACAGGAACACACCCACCCACACACACACGAACAGUCCCCACACGAACAGUCCUUCGCUGUCUGGAGUCCAGCGCUCCCUCGGAGUUUGCGUGUGCUUUUUUUUUGGAUGGAAACCCCCAUUCGAAAAAAGCUCCACAUCUGCAUGCCUUGAUUUUCGUUGAUUUCGUGCAACCAUGAACAAUAGCCGGAGUGAUCGACACUUCUUCUUGCUUGCUUUUCUGCUUUUAUUGGUUACACAAAGCUGCUUCGUACAGGCAAACUCUUUGACCAAUCAUGGCGUACACGAUUAUACGGAGAACGCGAAUCAUCGUGGACUUUUAGGAACGUACGAUAUUGGGUUCGACGACGUUUCAAAUACCAUCGAUACCGUCACGGUCGACUUUAAGAAUGGAGAUGGCGGUGUCAAUAUCACCGGAAGGUUUGAGAUUUGGGUGCCCACUUCCAACGCUCAGAACAACAUUGAUCUCGCCUGUGAUGGUGAGCUCUACACCGGCAAUCAAAUUGAAGUCAGUAACAGUACGACGAUUACCGAUCCGUCCUCCUCCUUUGUCUUUAGCUUUGCCAGCAACAUCACUUCGGCUAGUCCUUUUUACUACACUGACGGUAGUGGCGCCGAUCUUGUCGUGUGUGUUAAAUUUAUACUUACGGAUGGUGCGACCGACCAGAAUAGCCGAGAGAUUGCCAUCAAAGUAAAUGUUGAUUCUAGCCUUGACAUUGAAAGUGUCAAUUUUCUCGAUACGGCAUCCGCAGCCCCCGCUACUGAUUCGGACGGAACGAUUGUGUAUGCAAUUUCUGUUGACCUUUGCGACUCCGCGCCCAGCUCCAUUGUUAUUGGCGACUUGGUUCCAUUCUGCUUUUUCGCGGCUCAAUAUCCGUUGGCCCAUUUGGAUUCUGUCGAGACUCUCACCAUUACGUACGGAUCAACCGAACUCGCGGUACUGGCCAGCGGUAGUCCAUCGUCAAGUCUGGCCGGUUUACUCGAUGGUCCCCAGAGCAGCGGUGGUUGUCCUAGUAACGAGUGCAUUCAGUACGGUGUCGCUUUCCCACCGUCCUUUAUUGACGCCACGGAGGUAGAGAUCGUUGGUGAAGCUAUUCUGCGAAUUGGUAGAUCACGCAAUAUGUUUCUGCGACGACUCCAGGUGCAAGCCAUUGUUACGGUGGAUCGCUUACUGAGUGAAAGUCAUACGCAACACCAACCAUUCCGAGUGCGUUUAGUUUUACCCAGCGCUGUCGUACAAGGUGAUACGCAGGAGGUAGCCCGUCGUGGUUUCCAUGCGACAGUGUCUUCGCGCCAAUAUUCUCCACUGAUACUCAUGGCCCUGUUGGCGACACUCGCUGUAUGCACGGCUUGGCUUCUUUGGCGAAGACAGCGCAAGCAAAAGAUGGUGGCAACAGAAUCCUCGCUUUGAAGGGGAUGGAUAGCGACUCCCACGGAAUACUCAAUCUAAGUUUUAGCAAUAUGUUAGCGUAGUUUUU